AUGGGUAUCUGCUCAGCAAAACAAUCGGAUAAAGAAUUACAAAAGAAUUUAUAUCUCUAAAGGUUAAAAGAAUUCAAAGCUAAAUUUAAAUAAAGCACUGCUGAGAUUAUUAUUCCAUUUAAUGAAGCUUAAUAUGAUGAUAAUCAAAAUAUAGCUUAGUAUGUUAUUUAAUAAAAUCCAAUUGUUAAAAGAAGAAGCAAACAAUUCAAUGAAUUUAGUAUUCUUCCAUUUAAGAUUAACGAUAAUUAAAAUUGA